CGACACCAACACUAGUAAUCACGUUUAAUUUAUUCAUUUUUACAAACUAUUAUUGGUGUCGAAGUGUUAGUGUUGAUGUCGUGUUUCCGGAGUCUGUGCUUAGUGAUACUACUAAGUAAAGAUUUUGAAAAAAGAUGCAUACUUUAGUAAAGGAAAUGUAGAAUAUACUAUAUUGCUUUCUAAAAACCCUAAAUCACAGUUAUUGACCCCAAAACCCUAAAUCCCCAAAACUAGAUCUUAACAAUUUUCCAUGGCAGCGAAAAUUCAAACCUUUUUACCUUCAUUUUCCGUUCCAGCCUCAAAACCUAAACGCCGCUUCCACUUGCUUACAAUUUCAGCCUCAAAUUCCACUCGUCCAUCCAUCUCCGGCCGUAAGCUCCGAGUAGCAGUAAUAGGAGGAGGACCUGCCGGAUCCUCCGCCGCAGAAGCACUAGCAAGCGGCGGAGUGGAAACCUUCCUAUUCGAGCGCAAUCCUCCGUCAACAGCAAAACCAUGCGGCGGAGCAAUCCCUCUCUGCAUGCUAGAAGAAUUCGACAUUCCUCACCACCUCAUCGACCGCCGCGUCACUCAAAUGCGGAUCUUCUCACCUUCAAACAUCGCAGUCGACUUCGGCAAAACCCUGAAACCAAACGAAUUCAUCGCCAUGCUCCGCCGUGAAGUCCUCGACUCAUUCCUCCGAUCCCGCGCCGAAUCCGCCGGUGCCACACUCAUCUCCGGCCUAGUCACAUCUCUCAACCUCCCAGCCUCACCAACCGCACCCUACACUAUCAACUACACCACAAAAAACUCCCCACGUAACUCUCUCGCCGUCGACGUAGUAAUCGGAGCCGACGGUGCCAACAGCCGCGUCGCGAAAUCAAUCGAUGCCGGCGACUACACCUGCGCGAUCGCGUUUCAAGAACGAAUCAAAUUAUCGGACGAGAAAAUGAAAUACUACGAAAAUCUCGCCGAGAUGUACAUAGGAAACGACGUGUCACCAGAUUUUUACGCGUGGGUUUUUCCCAAAUGUGACCACGUGGCAGUGGGCACUGGUACGGUGCGGUCGAAACACGAUAUUAAGCUGUACCAGCGGGCCAUAAGAGAAAGAGCAUGGUCCAAGAUCAACGGUGGAAAAGUGAUUAAAAUCGAAGCCCAUCCGAUCCCAGAGCAUCCUCGACCCAUUCGGGUCAGAGGACGCGUGGCAUUGGUAGGAGAUGCGGCAGGUUACGUUACGAAAUGUUCGGGUGAGGGUAUUUAUUUUGCGGCGAAAUCGGGUCGAAUGUGCGGAAACGGUGUCGUUAGGGCUUCGGAAGGUGGUGAGAAAAUGAUUAACGAGGGGGAUUUGAUGAGGGAGUAUCUUAAGGAAUGGGAUGCGAAGUAUGUGAACACUUUUAGGUUUUUGGAUUUGUUGCAAAGGGUUUUUUACGGUAGUAACGCGUCUAGGGAAGCUUUGGUGGAGCUUUGUGGUGAUGAGUAUGUGCAACGGAUGACGUUUGAUAGUUAUUUGUAUAAGAAGUUGGCGCGUGGGAGAGUGUGUGAUGAUGUUAAGCUUUUUAUGAAUACUAUUGGGAGUUUGGUGAGGUGUGGUGAUGUAGGAACACAUAUGAAGGGUUUGAUUUUGUAGAGGAUCUUUACCUCUUAGUUUGAAACUUUUGAAAUUUAUGGCAUUGACUAGUAUUAUAUUUGCCCUACAUUAUUGCUUCUCUCAUGUAGUUUCAUUUUCUGUUAUUGGCUAUAGCCUUCCACUUUGCAAGAAAAAAUAAAAGCUAUUUUCAUUUUAUGCAUUAAUAA